AAAAUGGAAUGUUGGAGAGAAAUUAUUUUGCCAUUAAAUUCUAUUCUUCUAUGGGAAAAAUCUUGGUAUCCUGGUCUUAUUUUUGGUGCUACAUCAUUAAUAUUUUUUAUGAUUUGGAUGAUGGAACCCGCGUUCUUGACGAUAGUAUCAAUGACUUUAUUAUUACUGGCUCUGGCUGACUACUUGGUGCCGAUUGUUGCCUCGACUUUUAUUUCUUCUAGUGCUUGGAAUGGACAGAAAGAACGUAAAUUAGAUGAAAUUUGUCAAAGUGUCAGCGAAAUUUUAUUACAAGCCCAAGCUAUUUGGAAAUUUAUACUUAAUGCUCGUAGCAAUCGUCCGAAUUUCUACUAUGGAUCAAUAACUUUAUGCCUGAGUCUCUUGGCAUGGAUAGGAAAUGUCGUAAAUAAUUUACUACUCAUUUAUUUAACACUGAUGGUAGUUUUACUAUUGCCAGGACUUCGACACAAAGGACGAGCCCAGUCAACUUUUAAAUCACUGUACAAUCAACUGAUGAAUCGCAAUAUUAAGCAAGCGUAAUUAAUCACUAUUAAUUACAAACUUUAUAAAUUUUUUUUGCCUCAAACGCUUUUGAAAAUAUUAUUUUAUAAUUAAUAAUUAUUACGUAGACUUACGUAAUGUUACUUAAGUACUUAAAGCUUUAGUCAUUAUAAUAAUAAUAGUAUAUACUUAAUCAUGUAUUUUUGGUUACAUGUCUAAAUAUCAGUCAUAAUAUCACACGCCAAAAUAUCAUAUGAUAAAUUAUCGCUUCCGCAAAUAUCGCAAUGUUUAAAUAUCAUGAAAAAAUAUCACAUUUAUUAAAAUAAAAUAUACUAGCCAUUAAAUAUCUGUAUGUACACGAUUUUUUUACGCAUGAUAUUCUGAUUAAACGUUACAUAUUUUUUUAUAUGAUAUUUAGGCAUUGAUAUUUUUUUGUGUGAUAUGAGUGAUAUUUAAUCCUGACACCGUAAUUUAUAUUCUAUAAAUAUUCAGUCAU